AUUCCUGUCUAUCUCCCCUCAGGUACAUGUUCGGUGCGGUAUCAGCACACAAGUACAUCAUCGCGUUCUGUAUCGGCGUGGAGCUGCUGGCGUCGGGCACCAAGAGGUGGCUGUCCUUGGUCUACAUCUUCACCUUCUCAUUCAUGUCAGCUCUGGGCAUUGGGGUCGGCAUCCUACUGGUCGGCGGCGCGGGCGCAGCUGACGCAGGGUUGUAUUCAGUUAUAUUACAGGGUCUAGCGUGUGGUACGCUGGUGUAUGUGGUGUUCUUCGAGGUCUGGAAGCGCAGCAGCGGUCUGCUUCAGUUCGUGUGCUCACUGCUGGGCUUUGCCAUCAUGGUGACGCUUGAAUUCAUCGUUGAGAUUGCAAUUUGAAGAGGAUAUGACGACAUUGUGACUGGAACGAAAUGGAAUUACCAAAAUUGUAAUUGUCAAGUACAAUGCAGAAAUAAACUGCAUCACGUUAUCUCCCAAUUAAUAUAACAUUUAACAUGUAAAUUAGGUGAAUAAUUAAUAUGAAAUAGUUUCAUUCUAGACCAGUGAGUUUAAAUGAACCAAACAUUGCGAAAAAACAAUACAGCAAAAAUGAGUUUGUGUUCCACAGUUUUAAUUAAGGCAAAAAUAUUUAUUCAUCUCCAUUUAUUUUAUUAUUUACCUACUGCUUACUUGAAUUUUACGUAAAUAUAAAGUAAAUUGAUAUUUAUCUUUGUUUUUGUAUUAGGUUAAAAACAGAGCCAUACACUUAAUAAGUUGGGUCUAAAGCGUUUGGGGUCACCGACAUUUUGAGCAGAAAUAUUGGGGCGCUAAUUUAGAGAAAUCAUUUUAUCGAGUGUGAAUUUUCUGCGCAACCAAGCUAUAUUGAGGGUGGGUACAGAUUCCAGACUCCAGAUCUAGUCGACUCGGGCCGUCGCACCCCAACAACGGCACUACCCAAUAAAAAUAUUUUUUAUUAUCAGCCUAGUAUCCCACUGAAAGACGAACGCGUCGAGAUCAUCCCUAAUUUAUUCCUGGCCUGUCACGAAUUCAAUUCUUCUGUACAUUUUAGGCCUUAACUUCUGAAAACACGUUUGCCUUUGCUCAGACCUAAAAAAUAUAGCCAGUAGGUACUAUAUUUUACCCCAAAUUCAAUCAACAGACUCAAAUCGACAAAAAACUAAGGAGGUUUUAAGUUAAAAUUUCCAAUGUAAUACGUAGAUAUUUCCACAAUUUAUUCAACUUAGUUAUAUCUUUUGAAACUGGUAUAAUCUGUUUUAACUGCAGUUAAACACUGAUCUCACAGACUUACGAGUAUUCGAUCACUCUCUUGCUUUGUUAGAUGUCGCAUUGUACCUUAACGUAAAGAACGUGAUCCUAGUCAGUACAAGUAUUUAUCUAUCGGUCUUUUGACUGAUGGGUUCGUUGUUUGAGCUAUUACAGUCCAGCUUGUUCCUUGAUAAAGUUAAUGUAAAUAUGUUGUUUAUAAAUAAAUGAUAAUCUAAUUAAA